AUGUUCGAAGGACGCAAAGAAUUGUACUUUGAUUUCUCGGGCGGCUAUCACGACAAUGGCAGCGAGUUUUCCAAGUUCUAUUUUUCAUUAUUUAAUGAAAUAGUUGGGUUCAUGCCCCAGGACAUUGCCGAAUUCCGCAAGAGGGUAGUAGAUGAGAGCGGUGAUCAAGGUCUGUUCACUCUUUAUUUCGCAGAUUGCACAACAGCGACAGCAGAAGCGGUGAUAGGAGCGGAUAGAGUCAACAGCUACGUUCGACAAUCCGUAUUUGGUGAAGAUACGGCCGCGAACACUGAAAUGUACCUCGGGUUAGACGGUCACGUUAUAACUCUCCCUGUUGACAGAGGGGAAACUAUGAAUGUAGUUGCUUUUACAAGAACUAAAGAAGGCUCAAUAAACCUACAUAGAUUCACACGUGCGGCGACUGAGCAAGAUACACUGAAUGAACUUGCUGAUUGGAGCAAGAACGUCACUCCCAUUCUUAGCCUGCUCAAUGAAUAUGUUGAUACUUGGGCUAUCUUGGAUAUGCUCGACCACCUUGCGUCCACUUACGCCAAAGAAUAUAUAUCAACGGCCAGAGUUUAG